AUACGUCCCAAAAGAGGGCAGGUGUUGUAGCUUAGCUUGACCCAAAUGCGGCGCACCACAUAUUCAUUUGCCGAACAGAAGAGUUCUAUAAUCUCUGCUUUUUAACAGACACCACACAAACUUCACGGUGCAAGUCUAACACUUCAAACCCUCCGGCGACUUGUCCGGCGAUGGACCCAGAAGUAUGGAGCCGCCUCCCGGCGGACCUCCUCGACCGAAUCCUCUCUCUCCUCCCUCUGAAAACCUUCCUCCGACUCGCACCAACCUGCAAGCACUUCCAAUCCCUCACUUUCUCCCCUCCCUUCAUCUCCAAACACACCUCUUCUCCUUCCCCUUUCUCCUCUUUCCUCUUAUGCUCCCACCCCCACUUCCACCACCACCACCGCCACUACCCUCUCUACGACACUAACCUCAACGCCUGGCGCAAGGCAUCCCUCUCCCUCUCCGGCCCUCUGCUAUCCCGCGCAACCCUCCUCUCUGUUUCCCACGGCCGCCUCUGCUUCUCUCUCCCGCACUCUUCCUCUUUCCUCAUAUCCAACCUCCUCUCCAAAACUUCGAGCAUUGUGAAUUUUCCUGUGAACCCAUUUCCUUUUGAGCUGUUCACUCUAGUCCCCUCGUCAAACGGGCGCCACUACUGGCUCUUCAUGCUCUGUUCUUCUUCCUCUGGCUCAAACAAUGCGUUUGUGUACGACUCCAGGCUCCAACUCUGGCGCCAGUUCGACCGAGUCGACUCGGUUCUGGGUCAUAAUUCUCUUCAAACAGGUGUGUUCUAUAAAGGGUACCUGAAUUUCACAACCCUUGAUCCUCUCUCAAUUAUCUGCUUCGAUCUUGAAAACGGGAGUUGGGGAAAACCCGUGAGAAAUUUACCAAAUGGGCUUACUUUUGCUAGGUUAGUGGGCAAUGGGGAUGAGAAAAUGUUCUUGGUUGGUGGGAUCGGGGAAGAUGGAAUCUCGAGGGGGAUGAAAGUGUGGGAAAUGGGUGGAAAUGGAGGAGGGAAUUGGGUGGAAAUCGAGAGUGUCCCUGAGGUGAUAUGCAGGAAGUUCAUGUCGAUUUGCUAUCACAAUUACGAGCACGUGUACUGUUUUUGGCACAAGGGUUUGAUUUGCUUGUGCUGUUAUAACUGGCCUGAGGUGCUGUAUUACAAGGUUUCUAGAGGGUCGUGGCAUUGGUUGCCCAAAUGCCCUUCGUUGCCUGAGAAAUGGAGCUGUGGUUUCAGGUGGUUUUCUCUUGUUCCUGAUUUGUAUGCUUUUGUUUGAGACCAGAAUCUGAAGGGAGUUUUAACAUAUUUGAUCCCUGUUUUGUUGAAUUGGUGGUUUUGACUUUCUAGAAUUUUUUUUAAGGACUUUCUUUGACCAGUUGACUUUACUUUUGGAUUCCACAAACAGACAUUUGAAUUGUUAUUUUGAAGGUUGGAGGGUUAUGAUUGUUUCUGUC